AUGCUCUGUUUCUCGACGUCGCCUCUCCUUAUCGCGAAGCGAAGAGCGAACAACGAAGUGGUGAAGCGGCGAGGAAGGGAUUCCUCUUUGUCAAAGACUGGAACCCUCCAACAUAGUGCAAGGAAUUUGAUGGCGGCGGCCGGCGACGGAUUUGAUGGCGGUCAGAGGUCCUCACGAGGCCGCUGGCGUCGAGGACAAUGA